UGCUGUAAGCUGUCAUGUGUCAAGUUCUUAGAUGCCAUUCAAAAAUAUUUGGCUGCGGAAUAUGGUUAAAUAGUGUUUGUGAAUAUACCGUUAUUAUUGAGUGAUUGCAAAAUUUUCAUUAAAUUUUAAUAUUGAUCAGUUUUCAAUGCUGCUCAUAAAGAUGUUUCGCUGCGUUAUUGCAUUAAUUUUAAUUAAUGUCUAUUAUCCGAGUUCCGGACUUCCUUUAAAAGGGAAUGCAACUCAAAAUCCUAUAGCACAGCAAUUGCAAAAUCUCGCAAAUAUUUGUGAAAAUUUAGUUCUAUCUGAUUUGAUAAAAAAGCAAAUAGAACACUGCAAUGUCAGUGAACCUGCUGAUACAAAGACAGAGUUCAAGUGUUUGAUGUUUUAUGAUAUAAACAGUCAGCUAUGCACUGCUUUCCGUCGUUCUAAAUUCAAUUUGCAAGAAAACUAUACGACUAAAAUGAAUGAAAUUCAAGAUAUUAAAACUAUAUGCAAUCAUGCAAAAACAUGGAAAUUCACAAACAAAGAAAAGUACCCUAAAAAUGAGCCUAUUGAUCAAGUAUUUAAAAAUGAAAUAUUCUGUAUACAAAUGUGUUCAGUGGAUGAAUUCUUGAGCGCAGAUUCUAAUUUCUACUGCAAGUAUUACCAGUGGGGAUCAGAUGUUAUACAAACUCAAAUGCCUACUUCGACACAGCAAAAUACAGGUGCAGCUGUACCUGUAUUAGCAGAAUCAAUUUUAAAUCCUAUCGAAAAUAACACUGACAUUUCAAAUACUCCAAAAAUCGAAAAUGGCACAGCAUCUACCAGUGAAAGCAUCAAACCAAUACAAAUGAAAUCUGUAGUCAAUGUUGAAUCUACAAAAACUGAAAUAUCCAGUCUAGAUGUUGCAGGCCAAACAUCUACAGCUAAUCAAUCAGCAAUAGCAGAUGCUCAGAAAUCACUCGAAAUUGCUCACAAAAUAACUGAGCAGUCUGCUCUUCCAAUUGAUACCAGUGUAUCAAAGAAUGAAAUAGAAAAACCCCCAGUUGAAGAAGAGCCUCCGAAGAAAGAUGAAGUUGAAAAAGAUAGUAAUAUUCAACCAGUUGAACAGAAGGAAUCUGUUAUUGAAAAUCCUAAAGCGAAGCAACCAGUCGGUGACAUUGAUGAAGAUCAAGAAGAUGAAAAUGAUGAUGAUGCAGAAUAUGUCCAAGGUUCUGAUCAAGAUGACACUGUCAUGAAACCAAUUGAAUCUGAUCCUAAUUUUGAUGAUAAUAAACCUAAAAACACCCUGAGUGCAUUAUUGCGUGCUGGAGGAAAAUCAGUUAAAAUACCAUUGCUAGAUUCCGAUCCAAAUAUGGAUGAACAACCUCACAAAAGAGUUGGAAUUGAAUCUAUAACAUCAGUUUCAGAAACAUUUCCAAAUCCAAUGCAAAAUAGCUACGCUGAGGAGGAUGACCACUUCUUCCCCUUCUUCUUGACUGCAAUUAUAAUUGUUGUGUUGCUGUAUAUUUUAUAUCACAACAAAAAUAAAUUUACAAAAGUGAUUUUAGGAUUGUUAGUUGAAGGUAGACAAACAGGCCGGCGUAGAAACAGCCGUGGCCAUGCCUACCGUCGACUCGACACGCUGGAACAAGCCAUGAACACCAACACCGCGGCACCGCCGAGCAAAAUUAUAUAUUGAACGACAUUCUCUAUUUUUAGGCUAACAAUAUUUAUAACUAAUUUCGUUUGAUAUCGAAACAUCUUAUCGAUAACAAUCAACUGUCCUUUAUAAAAUAAUUUAUAUGAAAAUAAUUACGUAAAAAGUUCAAAAACGCACAUGUGACGUCAUUAAUCAUGGAUUUUUCAUUGGAUUGAUUUACUGAGUAGUGUUACUGACUUGUAACAAAUUAUCUCAUCGUAAGCAAAUAAAUUGUAUACUUGUUCGCCUCUAUUGAGAUUUUUAGGCUUUAUGGGUGGGAAUAUAAAAUUACAAAAACACAAUUCUAGUAUGGUCAAACAUUUUAUAUACUUGGCCCAAAUACAACUAAUUUUAUAAGAUAAUUAUGAAUUAGGAGUAUUUCUUAUGAAACAUUAUCUUCUAAUAUUGAUUUCUAUUAAUUUCUAACAAAAAAAGAGAUUUCGUUUCCGGUUUUCCACAUCACUAAAUAAAUUACAGUACAACAAAAAAUCUUGUAUUCCUUAUGUAAAGUUAUUAAUAAAAGAUUGGACGGUGUUAAGUACAAUAAAAAAAAAAGAAAAGGUUUUUUUGUCUGAUUGAAACUUAUUCGAAAUAAAUCGUACAUUUAAGAACAUAUUUAGUAAUAUUAUAGUAUUAAGAUAUUUUACGCUUACUCUGCGGAUUACAUUCAUAAACUUUUUCAA